CAGUGAUACGCGAAAGGCUUGUGAAAAAUACUAUCGCCAGAACCUGUUCAUAACACUACUGGACUUCUGUACAUCUCAAAUGAAGGAGCAUUUUACGAAACACAGAGCCGUCCUUGCCGUCCUCUUAAUUGCAUCCUCCCUUGUAAUGUUCAUAUGCUAACUGAAGACUCUGCAGAGUUUCUUUCAAACCUAUACCCAGAUGAUGUCAUAUCCACUUUGGCAAUAAUGGAAUCCGAAAUUGCAACAUGGUCUAAACGGGCAAAUACUUGACCUGUUCCACAUAGAUGCUUUGAAUAACUGCAACAAAACAUUUCUUUACGAACAUUUCCAGCUACUGCACAUUUUUGCAACACUCAUGUGGAGAGACGCUUCUCCAGAUUGUCAAGAAUUAAAACUAAAUCGAGGAAUAAAAUGUCAGAAUCUAGACUGAACGGACUGACUCUGCUCUCAGAACACAGAAACAUUGAAGUAUCCCCUGAUGAAAUAAAAAAAAAACACAUUUUCAGCUGGAAACAGAAGAUUAGACAUGGUUCUGUAAAUUUCAAGGAUGGGUUGCACUGGCAGUAGUCAGCAGAAGGCGCAAAACAAUCAGUUCGGUGGAGCAAAUGGGCUGCCAGACAAUACAUACCCCCUCCGUGGACCUCUUGCUCUUCCAGUUGAUCCGAGAAUACAUCCUCCAGAACAUGAUGAGAAAAUUGUUAUUGCUCUGCACAAUUAUGAGCCAGUUAACGAACAUGACCUGCAGUUCAAUAAAGGGGAUAAACUUAAAAUUUUAAAAGAUAAUGGGGACUGGUGGCUGGCAAAGUCCUUAGUAUCUGGAAAGGAGGGGUAUAUUCCAAGUACUUAUACAACACGACUGGAUACCUUGGAGGAGGAAAGAUGGUUCUUUAAAAAUUUAAGCCGGAAAGAAACGGAACGGCUGCUCCUCGCCCCAGGGAACAAACCAGGAGCCUUUCUGAUUAGAGAGAGUGAAACAACCAAAGGAGCCUUCUCCCUGUCUGUGAGGGAUCCCUCUUCAUCACACGGAGAUGUAGUCAAACACUACAAGAUCCGUUCUCUAGACAAAGGUGGCUAUUACAUCUCCCCUAAGAUUUCCUUCCCUUCUCUGAAACAGCUGGUGCAACAUUACUCAAAAGAAUCAGACGGUCUGUGCCAGCGACUGACGCUGCCCUGCAAAGCUCCAGUACCCCUGACACCAUGGGGGCAGGACGAGUGGGAGAUCCCCAGAGAGACCCUUAAGAUGGUGAAAAAACUCGGCGCAGGGCAGUUUGGGGAGGUGUGGAUGGGAUAUUAUAAGAACAACCAAAAAGUUGCCAUCAAGUCCUUGAAGGAAGGCAGCAUGCCCGCUGAAGCUUUCCUGGAAGAGGCCAACCUAAUGAAGCAAAUGCAGCAUAGCAAGCUGGUGCAGCUCUAUGCUGUCGUUACCAAGGAUCCGAUACUAAUUGUUACGGAGUUCAUGGUGAAUGGCAGUUUACUAGACUUUCUGCAAACCGAUGAAGGACACAGACUGCAGCUUCCAAAACUGAUUGACAUGUCAGCACAGAUUGCAGAGGGAAUGGCAUACAUUGAGAUGAAGCAUUACAUUCACAGAGACUUGCGUGCUGCCAACAUCCUGGUUUCAGAAACACUGACAUGCAAAAUUGCAGACUUUGGCCUUGCCAGGAUCAUUGAGACUGAAUACACAGCACAGGAGGGUGCCAAAUUCCCCAUCAAGUGGACAGCACCAGAGGCAAUCAACUAUGGCACUUUCAGCAUCAAAUCAGACGUCUGGUCUUUUGGGGUUCUACUCACAGAAAUUGUUACAUAUGGAAGGAUACCUUACCCAGGCAUGACCAACCCUGAGGUCAUCCGAAACUUGGACAAGAACUAUAGGAUGCCUUGCCCUGAUGGCUGCCCCAUUGAGCUCUAUGACAUAAUAUUGAAGUGCUGGCAAGAGAGACCAGAAGAUAGGCCCACCUUUGAAUACUUACAGGUCACCUUGGAGGACUUCUAUAUAUCAACAGAAAGACAAUAUGAGAUGCAGCCAUAGUAUCAACAGUCGACUAGUUUCUGACUGGAAAGCUUCAGCCAUCACAGGAUUCGUGAAGUCAUGGAUGUUUGUAUAAGUCUUGAACAUUUAUUUUUUCAUCCAGUGACCAAUUGUUACACGUAUUGUAACCAUCAUGGCAGUAGCCUGUGUUACCAAGGGUUAUACAAUGUUUGUUAACUUGACAUUUUUUUUAUGUUUUAGUUCUUUAUGAAGUAUUUCUUUCUCUGUCUUUACAGUGAACAUAGUCUAAGUCGUUGACAUGCUGAUGCCUGUUAGUGCAAGGUAUAAAGAACAAGGACACACAAUCUAGGAACGUUUUGCCAUGGUCUAAACUUCCAAACCUUGUAUAUUACUGUAUUUUCAAGUAAUGUAAAAUAAAUUAUUUGAUAUUCAA